AUGAUUUCCACCGAAGAACUCAGCACGAACCGACACUCCUCUGUACCAGGCAUCUCCGAAUCAGCAUCCUCGUUGGACAAAUCGCGCUCCGCUCUGCAGCAAAUCUCACGACAUCCAAAGCUCAGCUUUUCCGAUGGGAACCUCGCUAUUGUUUGCGGCAAACAGUACUUUCUCGUGCAUCAAGGCCUACUGUCCCGGCAUUCUCCUUUGCUCGCUACUGCGACCGAAUCUCUCGACCCUGCGACAACACCUAUGAUCGAAGGGCGCCCGGUGCUGGACCUCGCCGAGGACGCUGACGACAUGUACUUCUUUCUGACUGCCCUGUACGACGGAAUAGGCGGACUGACUGUGCGCCCGGACACUUUCGAAUGCGUCUCUGCUUUGCUACGCUUGUCCAAGAAAUACGAAGUCCAACACGUCCACGAUGGUCUCUAUCCUGGCUUGACGACAAUGUGGCCGCGAACGCUUGAGGGCUGGGAACGGCGCGAGGCAGCCUCAACAAACGCCGAAGGCAUCUAUGAGCCACGGCUCACCAUCCCCCAUCCCAUCCCGACCAUCAACCUUGCGCGGUCCAUCGGAGCCUUAGAGCUGCUUCCUUCUGCCUUCUACGACCUCUGCCGUGCUUCCCCUAGUGACGCUGCCUCUGGCCAUGUCUCACUCACGACAGGCAAGAAACACGAACUUGGCAAUGAAGACCUGAUGGAAGUUCUCAAGGGACGCGAACACGCCUCGCGCUUUCUGUCCACAUUCAUCGUUCGCUACCUUGAAGGUCGCGCGCCUUCUCCAAAUUGUCUCUAUGCUCAGCGCCAGGAUCCCGUCCUCCGGCGCGCCUGCCAAGCCGCCUUCGAGGCCGUCACCUUCGACAUCCUUCGCGACGUCAAUGGUGUUGUCGUCCACCGCAGCUCGGAUCCGCUAUUCGCCAUGCUCGAUGCAGACCUGAUGCAGGCGCGCGCAGACACGCCCGCCUUUCGAACUUGCGAGGCGUGCCACGAGGAGUUUGGCCUCGUCGUGGAUGCGGCGAGGGACGAGUUCUGGAGAAUCAUGCCGAAGUGGUUCGGACUAGAUGUGCCGGGGUGGGAUUAAGGGUGCUGGCAGGGGUGCCUGCGCAGCAUUGCGACUUUUGGGAGCUGUUUGAAGGUCGAUGGGACUCAGUAUAGCAUUGGGUUGUUGUAGGCCCCCGGCAAGCUGCGUAUACGCAGCGCAAUAGCGAGGGGUCGGACGACGAUGGCUCGCACAUCUGAAUAGCCCUGUACGAACGUGCUAUGGGCAUGACUUCUUUAAAUUGUAUUCUUUGCUCU